AUGGCUCGGCGGGCGAAGAAACGAAGAGUUGACGCCCGGGAGGCUGCUAGUGUCGAGAGGAACGAGCUGGAUGAUAAUGACGGCGAUGAUCAUGGAGCCCCGAUUGCUUCUUCCCCAGCCGUCGAUACGACGGAUCGUUCUUUGGAAGAUGUGUCCAGUGGAACCGCAGGAGUUUCCGACCACCCCUUCAGCUCCUCCAGCCACUUGCCAGGCCAGGACAUAAAGGAAGUUCCGAACAUAACCUCCACAAUUCCAAGCAGCCAAUCGUCAGUAUCGAGAACGCUCCAUGCGCCUGCGCCUGGCCCUUCCGUACCGUUGGCGAGAUCCCAGCAGACAACUGACGGUGGGCUGUUACGGAGACGAGGGUACCAACCACGACUGUCAACUCGCACAAAGCACCGACACGCUGCCGAGUUUAGCGAGAGGAUGGGGUUGCAUGAGGUGCAGGCACAACCGCGGUACAACCUCCGACCCCUAUGGGCCAAAAAGAUGAAUGUCCUGGAGAAACUGCCAUCAGAUAUCCGCAUCAUGAUCUGGGAAGUGGCCAUUGUCGCCAACGGCCCACUGAUCGUGGCCAAUGACGAACUAGGGGCACCUAGACUCCAGACCAGUGAUGAAGAGACUCACCGGACCGCACUACUGAGGGUCAGUAGACAGGUAAGGCUUGAGAGCGAGAAAUUCUUUUACGCCAAGAAUGCGUUUAUAUUUCGCUUCUCUGGCAAGCUAGAACAAAAGCACAAUGACGUGUACCUCGUUUACCAGUUCAUCUGGAAGCUCCUGACUCCCGGACUGACAGUCUGGAGGCAGAACAAGAACGUCUUCAUUCUCAUCAUCGUCGACGUGACCUUGUACAAUCUAUCUGUCGUCGCGAAUCGGGAACCAUUUGAAAGGAUUUCUAGACGUUUGGCCCUCCGACUCGCGUGGUUGAAAAGUAUCCUGCCUGAUCGGAGAUGCCUGAUCGAAUUCCAGGGGAAUGCGCUUCUUACCGGGCCUUUAUGGCAGCGUACUCGCGGCGUGAAAGUGGAUCUCUACAACCCAAUAGCAUCUCUGAGACGGGCAUGCAUGGAGAUGGAGCAUUUGGCUGUAGGCGUAUGGCCCACGGGGAAUGCAGCCGACUGGAGUCCUAGUUUCAAGGCCUUUGCUGAUACAUUCUACUUGUUGAGGAAUGUCGCCAACUGCAUUGAGGAUGGCCGUUCUUCCAGUGGCCUGUCUUUCUAG